AUGCAGAACCCACCUCGUUUCAACCUAGCGGUGCCUAGUUCGCAUCUCGUUUACUCGGAGAUACUCUCUGUCACUUCUGCAAUGCGCAAGAACUCACGAUGGGCCACUCCGACUGCCUAUUUCCCUACAUCCACAAGUGCAUCGUUGGCCAGCACCUUUGGAUUACGCGUUGCAAUGAAUCCUGAUGUUGCUCCAUCUCAGUCAAGAACACAUUCCAGUGGGACGGAUGUCGACUUGAUGAUGGGAUUUGAAGAGUUGAAGAGAGAUAUUCGAGCAUCUGUUGAGACACUCGAUCCGGCUGACGACGAGCUUGGAGAUUCUGGGGACGAAAGUGCUGAAAAGAGCGAGCUUCGCAUGACCGUCUCGCCAGUCCGAGAAAAGCCUACCGAAAGUAUUGAGGAAGCCUUAGAAACUGCGGUCCCAGAAAAAAAGGAGGAAGAAAAGAGCCCUAUUGACACUUCACCUGCUCCACCAUAUGGUCUCCCAUCUGCUGUGGAACUACUAAAGGUCCUUUUAUCGCUCUUGGAUCCUAACUCGCAGCAGCAACUCUCCCGUUCGCAUACAGAUAGCCUCCUUAUUCCAUCCCUUUCCACUCUAAACGUCGCGUUCUCCAUAGCUGGACCAACCAUCGCCAAGUUCCCUAGCCUUCGACAGCUUGUGGUCGAUACAGGGUGCAAGUACCUCUUUCAACUCGCUCGGUCGGAUAACCCCACCGUGCUCUCGCUAGCACUAAGGACCAUUGCCACCAUCUUCGAAACAAUGCGUCCCCAUCUUAAGCUCCAGCAGGAACUACUCUUGAGCUUCCUCGUCGAUAAAUUGACACCACCUCCUGGUAGCAUUAGUGCCAUUCCGGGAGGUCGCCUUGGUAUUACGCAAACAAAGAAAGGUGCAAGCUCGGCAGCUAGUACGAGUGACUUGGCAGAGAGAGAAAAGGAAGAUGCAGAUGGGGAUGAUAGCCACCCUGCUUCACGAGCUGGAAGAACUGGAAUCACUCCUGCCAGAGGGGAGACACGAGAAUUGAUGCUCGAAAUCCUUGGUCACCUAAGCCGGUACCCAGAAUUCAUGGUUGAUAUCUGGGUCAAUUAUGACUGCGAUAUUGACUGUGAAGAUUUGUUCGAGAGGCUUAUCAGUUUCUUGGCAAAGAGCGUUCAGCAUGCAGAUCCACAGCAGCGCGCGAGUCAAGUGCUUUGUCUAGAUCUGUUACUCGCCUUUGUCGGUAAUAUGGCAGGGAGAAUUGAUCAGGACUAUCCACCCAUCCCCGGAAUUCUGGAAACCAAAUCGAAGAAAUUGAUGUUGCUCACAGGUGCAGCACGAUUCAAUAAACACCCAAAAGGCGGUAUCGCUUUCUUGGAAGAGCACAAGCUCAUCAGGACAGACUAUCCACCCACUGCAACAGACGAAGAGAAGGCACGAGCACGAGCGUAUAGUAUAGCUCAUUUCCUAAAGAGCACCCCGCGGCUGGAUAAAAAACUAUUGGGAGAAUUCUUGGCGAAGCCUGACAAUAUUGACAUCCUGAAAGCGUUCAUCGGCCAGUUUGAUUUUAAAGACGCCAUGCGAGAAAUGUUGGAAAGCUUCCGACUGCCUGGAGAGUCCCAACAGAUUGAGAGGAUUACUGAUACGUUUGCCGCAAAGAGCACGUCGGACAACUCGGUUUUGACUAUGCAUGGAAGGAGCUCCUACUUCGCUCCAGGCAAACUCGUAAGUUACCCACCUUCACCGAGCUUGGUUACUGAGUGCGGCGCAGAUGAUGAUUAUGUGGUGGAGAAAGUGAUCACUGGAUUCCGUGACUGUGCUACUCUGGCAAGCCGCUUCGAUCUUCCCGAAGUUUUUGACUUUAUUGUCAUGUCGCUUGCGUACCUAACUGGCCUGGCUGAAGAAGUCACCUUCCCGAGGCAGUCCAACUUCCCAAUUGUAGAGGUGGAGGGUCAAACCAUUACGGUGAAUAGUGCACUGCAACUGACAGAGGGACAGGUCAUUGAUAUGCUCCAAACACUAUUCUUGUACUCCCUUUUACCCUCUCGUAUGCUGCAAAUGGAAGAUUUUCUCGGGGGAGUGUCGCUAAUACCUCUGGCGGCGAGAAAACCAACACAACCAACUCCUAGAAUGGAUGGUGGUCUCCUCUCUGCACUCUCAUCUUACCUAUUGACACCCUAUGGAGGAAGCAACGAUACUCUGAUUGAAGCAACUCCUGAAGAGAUCGAAAAGACUAUGCAACUUGAAUUAGAGCCGCUCCUGGCGGCCUUGCACACAAUUCAAGAUGCCGCGAACAAGCGCACGGUACAACGGUUAAAAGCCAAACAAAAUGAGGAGCUACCUCAACCGACUGGAGUGCCUCCAAAGGAACGCAUUGUACAGCCUCUUUCAUACGAUGCUGCUUCGGUGUUUUUAUUGGAAACCAUGAUCAGCAUUGCAUCACACACGGCAAAACAUCUACAAGAAGUUUGGCCCAUCGUCUUUGAUUUUAUCUCGGCCAUUCUCAAAGAUGCACAAUGGUAUAGUAUCCUUCUCGUUGAACGUGCCGUUGUUGGCUUGUUGAAAAUGUGUCGACUCGCUGCAGAAGAGCUCAUACUUUCUCUGGAUAUAUUGGGUGGUCUUCCUGUUGAGAUAUCAAAUGCUGUCGCCGAGCAAUUGGCAGCGGGAUUGUUCAGCUCUCCAACGGAAUGGCGAUUGACCUUUGCUCUGAUGCGGUCGACGAUCAACCAUCCUAUAGCCGGAAAGCAGACACUAGAGAUUGUUUCUUCCCUGAUUAAUGAUGAAAAUAUUUCGGUGGAUGCUAUCGAAGGCAUUGUCAUGAUCCUCGACGAUGUAGCCACCACAGCCGGAUCCAUUGUGGAGAAGCGAAGGGCACCGAAUCAAGUACAACUUGAGUCGUCCGUAGAGAGAGGUUGUGCAGCGGUAGAGCUCUUGUUCGAACUCCGUAAGGUAGUUCCCAGGUUGUCGAGUACCCCAACUGGACAGGCGCAGG